AUGAAGGCUUAUUAUCAUCGUCACAAACUGCUGCUUGGGGUAACGCUAUCCUGCGUCUUCCUUCCACGAAGCGUUUCCGCGUUUUCCCCGGCACACCUCUACUCUGUAAAGAAUUCUCUAUCACAGUCACCACGACAAGUACCGAAAACCUGCUUAUGGGAAGUGUGCAACAAUGAUCACGGCGAAGCCAACGGUGCUGCUAAUGGCGACGAUAGCAGUGAGAAACGAAUGGGUGAUCCUCUCCGAGACGCCACGGGGAUCCGUCCUUCCUUGCAUCCCACAACCAUUAAUGCUCUGGCACGCGCCUUGAAAAUCAAAGCUACCCAUGUCAGUGGGGACAAGAGUUUGACCGUCGACGAAGAAAACGGAAUAUCACCGUUGGAUGUGGCCAUUCGGGCGGGUCAAAUUGCCACGGAUGCCAUUGACCAACGACAAUCCUCCAGCAAUCAAGACGGCAUGACCCUGACGCCCGACGAAACCCAAACCAUUGCCGGUCGUGUCGUGGGAGUCGUCAUGCGCUUGGAGGAAUUGGAGACGAUGCUGAACGAAAAAGUACACGCCACCAGUUGGAUUGCCAAGUUUGGGGAUUGGGAUAGUUUUGGAGUCUUGCCCGAUGAGAGUGACGAUGAUGAAGUGAGACAACGCAUCCAAAUGGAUCCCCUCUUUACCAUGACACGAGCCGAAUGUUUACUGGGACUCUUUUUGAAGAAUAUCGAAAUACCACAAUUGACCAAGGCAGGACAGUCGGUACCGGAUCAAGGACAAGUGGAUUUUUUAGAUGAGGAUCGAAAAGAAGUCCUAGCGCUGUAA